CUCUCACUUUAGACUCUCGCAGUUAUGUCGUGGGCGGAAAUUAGUAUAACUCGUCGGACUAGUCGCGUUGCGACCGCGCAUUAGUACGCACGUACUUCGAAAGAAACAUCGAGGAUAGAUACAACGAGAUAAGAAGAAAAAUAUCACAUAUCUGUAUUUUGUAAAAAUGUCCUUUUCCUUUUUCCCUUUCUUCCUCUCAUCUACAAUUUAUUAGACAGAGAGUGAUCGUGUGUGUUGUGAUAACAAUGAAUUAAUUUUUUUUAUUUUUGUGCAUGAACUGCGACAACAUUAAAUCAAAUAUCAACAAAAACUGACGGACCAUUCUUAAUGAUACGUGAAUUUUUAUUUUCUAGACUCUAUAUCAAUUUCAUGUAUUCAAUUGGGUGCCGUGAUUAAAAAAGAAUCAUAAAAACAAAGAAUAAAAAAAGAAAAAUUUUUAAACUUCCUCGACUCUGCGACGAUGAGGAAUAGGAUUACAUCAUGACAGAGCCGAAAUCGAAGGCAGCGUGAUGCCAAAGGAAUCUUGUUGCGGGUUACUGGUAACCCUAGUGCCGUUAUUCGUCGGUGUUUGUGAUUUCGUCGGCGCGAUAUCCGGUUCCCAGUACCCUGUGUGUAAGCCAGGUCUAGAAUUCUGGUCCACCGAACGUGCAUCUUGUUGGCCCUGCACAAGAUGCGCACCAAAGUUCACAUUGAGCCCUUGCGCCGUGCAUCAAGACGCGAUUUGUGGACCACUUUCAGCUUUGGAGCUUGACUGGUCUUUUCUUUCAACAAGGAAGAGACCUGAGAAUGGGCAAAGACGUUUGGAAGCGGUGACGUCAAAGAUGCUUUGGCGAUUUCCAGAUCUAGAUCAACAACAACAAAAACAAUCGCAGGAGCAACAACAUCAACAGGAGUUAAGACAGGAAACGAGAAGUCUCGUCGAUGCUACUUACGACGACGAAAUAAACGUGGGAGACAUUGACGAGUUUUCUUCUCAAGAACAAAAAAGGCCAUAUGAUCCUCGAGAGAGGAGAAAAUCGAACAUCGAAGGAACUCUUUCAUGGGAUUGGCAGACAGCCGCCCUUGUACUCGCGGUAUGUGCCUGUGUGGUAUUCUUUUUGGUAGCAGGCUGUUCGGCCUUGGUUUAUGCGAGACAAUGGCGAAGGAUGAAAAAGAAUUUUGAACCAGUUGGUCUCGAAGAAAUCUCUGCCCGAUUAAACGUUAUGGUAAAGGCAGAAUUGGCGGAACUCGUUGCGGGUGCGCCGAUGAGUCCAGGUGAUCCAGAAACUAGGUGUCAAUAUCUUGAGAAAUUAUUAGACCGGAAACGCGAAACUCCGGUGAUGGCUGGUUGGCCGGAAGUGGGUGGGAACCUCUACAUCGAGGAAGGGGAGACACCGAGAAGCAAACGUUCACAAAUCGCGCGGAUUCAUCGAAACAUCGAAACGAUUCUCAGCCACAAGACGAACGUCAUUGAUUGAUCGAAUAAAAUUAAGAGAGAGAGAGAGAGAGAGAGAGAGAGAGAGAGAGAGAGAGAGAGAGAGAGAGAGAAAAGAGAAAGAGAGGAUGAAAAUUUUUUAGAAGAAUCUUUCAAAAAUUCUCUCGCAUCUCGCCGGAUGCUGGAGCAACGAUGACGUAUUGGAAGGAUUUCUCUACAAUGCACAAAGUGUUUUGUACACAGUUAUCGAGAGGUAUAUAUCGUUCUUCUUACCCUUCAUCCUUCCCUCUUCACCUUUCCGUUCUCGAUCGAUAACAUGAUGGAAUGUACGAUACGAGAAUGUAUUUUUAGAGAAUUACGUCAUGAUCUAAUUCUUUAUUGCCAUUUUAUAAAGUAAACGACGCUUGUGUGUCAAGAUUACGAACUUAUGGUGUGUAUGUAUAUUCUUCUCCACCUUUCUUUUUCUGCACCUGGUUCCUGAUAUAAUUAUAAGAAAUUUUCGAAGAAUACUUGAUAUAAGGGUAUAUCCUCUUAUAUAUUAUUGGUCCCGAAGCUCGAGUGAAACUCGAGCAACGAAAGACCGCUACGCUCUUCCAGAGAAGAGAAUUUCUUCAAAUUUAUUUAUUUUUCUCUCUCGUAGUUUUAAUACGCAAGGAAAAAAAAACGAAAAAUAAUGAGAAAACUUUGUAAUAUAACACGAGCCUUUGUAUUCAUACACGUGACACGAUUAUUAAAAAAAUAAAGUGUAUAAAUAUGUA